UCCAGCCUCUCAGCUUCCUCCAGCCUGCUCAUCUCAGCAAGCAUGACUAGCAAAUCCACCAUCAGGACCCACAGCAGCAGCCGGGGCUACAGUGCCAGCUCAGCCAGGGUCCCCGGGGCCCACCGCUCUGGCUUCAGCAGCGUCUCCAUGUCCCGCUCCAGGGGCAGUGGUGGCCUUGGUGGAGUGUGCGGAGGAGCUGGCUUUGGCAGUUCUGUCUUGGGGGCGUCCAAGAGGAUCUCCAGCGGAGGGGGCAGCUGUGCCAUCAGUGGCGGAUAUGGUGGCAGAGUUGGAGGCAGUUUUGGCUUUGGAGGAGGAGCUGGGAGUGGAUUUGGUUUUGGCAGUAGAGCUGGUAGUGGCUUUGGGCUCGGUGGUGGAGCUGGCUUCCCUGUGUGUCCCCCUGGAGGCAUCCAAGAGGUCACCGUCAACCAGAACCUCCUCACUCCUCUGAACCUGCAAAUCGACCCCACCAUCCAGCAGGUGAGGACCAAGACCCUCAACAACAAGUUCGCCUCCUUCAUCGACAAGGUGCGGCUCCUAGAACAGCAGAACAAGGUCCUGGAAACCAAGUGGACCCUGCUCCAGGAGCAGGGCACCAGGACUGUGAGGCAGAACCUCGAGCCUUUGUUUGAGCAGUACAUCAGCAACCUCAGGAGGCAGCUGGACAGCAUCUUGGGGGAGAGAGGCCACCUGGACUCGGAGCUCAGAAACAUGCAGGAUGUGGUGGAGGACUUCAAGAACAAAUAUGAAGAUGAAAUCAACAAGCGCACAGCAGCAGAGAAUGAAUUUGUGACUCUGAAGAAGGAUGUGGAUGCUGGCUACAUGAAUAAGGUUGAACUACAAGCCAAGGUGGAUUCUCUUUCAGAUGAGAACAAUUUCCUGAGAGCCUUCUUUGAAGCAGAACUAUCUCAAACGCAAACCCACAUCUCAGACACCUCCGUCGUCCUCUCCAUGGACAACAACCGUGACCUUGACCUGGACAGCAUCAUCGCCGAAGUCAAAGCCAAAUAUGAGGAGAUUGCUCAGAGGAGCCGGGCUGAGGCUGAGUCCUGGUACCAGAUCAAAUAUGAAGAGCUGCAGGUCACAGCAGCCAGACAUGGGGACGACCUGCUCAACACCAAGCAGGAGAUUGCUGAGAUCAAUCGCAUGAUCCAGAGACUGAGAUCUGAGAUCGACCACAUCAAGAAACAGGUACAGUUCAGUUCAGCCAUUGCUGAUGCUGAGCAGCGUGGAGAGAUGGCCAUCAAGGAUGCCAGGAAUAAGCUGGAAGGGCUGGAGGAUGCCCUGCAGAAGGCCAAGCAGGACAUGGCCCGCCUGCUGAAGGAGUACCAGGAGCUGAUGAACGUCAAGCUGGCCCUCGACGUGGAGAUCGCCACCUACCGCAAGCUGCUUGAAGGCGAGGAGUGCAGGCUAAAUGGUGAAGGCGUUGGCCAAGUCAACAUCUCCAUAGUGCAGUCCUCCGUCUCCAGUGGUUAUGGCAAUGCCAGCAGUGUCGGCGGUUGCUCAGGCCUGGGUGGAGGCAGCGGCUACUCCUACAGCAGUGGGCACAGCCUGGGAGGAGGCUUCAGUUCCGGCAGCGGCAGAGGCCUGGGAGGUGGCCUCAGCCCCAUUGGGGGCGGCAGUUCCUCCAUCAAGUACACCACCUCCUCCUCCAGCUGGAAGAGCUACAACCACUGA